AUGUCCACCUCGAAAGAGCAAGCAGAACGUCUUAAGGCGGAGGGCAACGCGCUCUUUGCCGAGAACGACUUCGCCGGCGCUUACAAGAAAUACACUGAAGCCAUUCAGCAAGACGACAAGAACGCUGUUUUGUACUGCAACCGUGCUGCCUGCGCUUUUGGUCUGAAUAGGUACUUGGACUCGUGUACGGAUGCUACCAAGGCGACAGAGCUCAACCAGGGGUACGCCAAAGCGUGGAGCCGCUUGGCACAAGCACAAAUGAGCCUCAACAGACCGGAUCAAGCCGUCAACGCGUGGAAACGCGCGGUCGCCGCACUACCCGUCGAGAACAUGACGGCUGCUGAGAAGAAGCAGAGGGAAAGCUACACUGCCGAGCUCGCCACUGUUCAGGCUAAGCUAGUAGAUCUCGAGGCCAAUCCCAGGGAGCCUAAGGAGUAUGUCAGGACGCGUGCAUCGGAUCGGCUCCCCUGGGAUCGCGCGGUUACCCUAAUCCCCGGGCUUCAGGCUAGCCGACAAUGGAACAGUAGCGCCUAUGUCAUCACAAAGGCGUAUUUCGAAUGGCAGCAAGCAGUUGAGCAUAUGAAGUUGGGAAAAGAUGUGCGGACUCCGAAUGGUUUACCAGGCUACUUUGGGAAAUUAGGGGUUAUCGCCGGACUCUCCAAUGCAUUACUUUCCGACGAACGCGUAUUCCACAUAGCCGAUGCCGACUUCAUUGAGCGCUACAACAAGCAGCUUAUGUUCGAAUUGACACAGACGAGAGCCUGGGGCGAUAGGGGGGCUAGGCAAAUCAUGGAGCAAAUCCCUGGCAGGCUGAGGAGCGAGGGUUGGGACUCUGUCCGUCCAGCGAUCGCCGUCACUGUUCGAGCCUGGAUUAUGCGCGCUUUUAUGGAGGAGAAGCUCAAGAACAGCAUCGAGGCCGCCCUAGAGUUCUAUACGUCUGCAUUGGAUCUUCUCCAAUGGGGAAAGGAACUCUGGAAGGAUGUUCCUUUUGAGGACAAAGGCGCCGUCUUCCGGCCCACCUUCAUUCGGGGUAUCAAAUGCCUACGCCUCGACGCUUUCAUGGCUGCGUACUCCAAACACCCCGGCGAGAACUCGAAAUACUCCCUCAAUGAGUUGCUUGCCAGCGCUGAGGAUCUUCUCGCAGAACUCCAAGACAUCCCCGAGCAACCGGGACCAGACAUGGAAGACUCCGCCUUCUUCUUAUCGUUCUUCCGGUACCCUCUUGGUCAAGCACAUGCCAUGCGCGGCUUCUACUAUCACCACACCGGGAUCUUGAAACGGAAGAAGGAAGGUAUCUGCGAAGAACUGAUGAACCAUUAUAUGCAAUCCUCGCAAGCAUACCUCAAGGCUGCAAGCUACUUUCCCAUUGACGAUGAAAAGCAUGCCGGGUUCCUCCAUACCGCAUUCGACGUACAGUUCGACGUUGGCGGACCAGUGAACUACCUGCUCAUGAUUUUGGACAAGCUGAACGACGCGAUCCCUCGCAUGAAGCCAAUCUGGGAGUACGGAGCAGACGCGCAGUAUGGUGCGCAUGCUGCGUUUGCGACCGAUCUGAAGUUCCGGGAGAAGCUGUCGCGCGCUGCUGAAGGGGUGUCGGAGGAGGAACGCGGCCGUAUGUGCAUGAGGCGCGACUGA